UCUCCACAAAGAGAGAACACAUGUUGCAGACUUAGAGGAAAGAUAGGAACAGAAAGGAAAAGAAGCAAAAAAAAAAAAAAUCCUUUCAUUUUGGAGGUUUUUUCCUGUCUUUUUGGAUUAAUUCAGAGUUCCUUUGUGUUUGGAUCUUUGCAUCACGGUGUGACAGUGUGUCGCAAGUGAGAUUUAUACCAGUUGUAGAUAUGGAAAGAUGUUUUACAAAGAGUCCCCUUCUCCUGGUAUUACUUGUCUUUCUCCAUCAACACCAUCAUCACCUCCUUGUUGAGGCAGCAAUGGAUUCCUGUUACGAUGAUGAGGGGACCCCAAGCCGUUGUAUGCCCAGGUUUGAAAACAUCGCCUUCAAUCGCACUGUUCUGGCGUCAAAUGUUUGUGGGUCACCGCGUGAGGACUACUGUAUGCAGACAAGCUCGGCACGCUUGUGCCAUAUCUGUGAUAUUUCAGACCCAGACUUCAGCCACAAUUCCAGCUUCCUUACAGACUUUCACAUGGACAGCGAACCAACGUGGUGGCAGAGCCAAUCCAUGUAUUACGGGAUCCAACACCCCAACUCUAUCAACCUCACCCUCCACUUGGGGAAGGCCUUUGAGAUCACGUACAUUCGACUGAAAUUCUACACUAGUCGACCGGAGAGUUUUGCCAUCUACAAGCGUACGGAGAAGGGAGGACCCUGGUUACCCUACCAGUAUUACAGUGCCUCUUGUAAGAAGACCUAUGGGACGGAUGCUGGGGGAUACAUCCAACGAGGGCAGGAGGAGAGGACUGCUUUGUGCUCCAAAGAGUUCAGCGACAUCUCUCCCCUCACUGGAGGCAACGUGGCGUUCUCCACCCUGGAAGGGCGGCCCAGUGCCUACAACUUUGAUCAAAGCCUUGUGCUGCAGGAAUGGGUGACAGCCACUGACCUGCUCAUCUCUUUGGACCGGCUUAACACCUUUGGAGAUGAGUUCUUCAAGGAUGCUAAAGUGUUGCGCUCGUACUUUUACGCUAUCUCUGAUUUCUCUGUGGGUGGCUGGUGUAAGUGUAACGGCCACGCAAGUGAAUGUGUUGAAGAUGAACACGGCAGGCUGGCCUGUGCUUGCCAACAUCAUACAGUGGGUGAUGACUGUCAGAAAUGCCAUCCGUUUUACCAGGAUAGACCCUGGGCCAGAGCCACAGGAGAGUCCGCCAAUGAGUGUCUGAAGUGCAACUGCAGCGGCAGAUCAGACGAGUGUGUGUUUGACAUGGAGCAGUACCGGAGCACCGGCAACGGGGGACGUUGCUUGAGUUGCAGAAACAAUACGGAAGGGCCCCACUGCGAGCGCUGCAGAGAGAACAACUACAGGGCGUUGGCUGACGAACCCUGCUUCCCCUGCCACUGCAAUAUUAAUGGCUCAAUCAGUCUACAGUGUGAUGCAGAAGGACGCUGUGCAUGUCGAGACGGGGUGAUAGGACAGAAGUGUGACACUUGUCAGGCUGGUUUCCACUCACUUGGUCCCGGAGGGUGCAGGGCAUGUGAGUGCGACCCCAGCGGGAGCGUGCAAGAUUGCUCUCCUGUGGAUGGACAUUGUUUCUGUAAAACACAUGUGGAAGGGCACAGCUGUAGCAGAUGCAAGCCAGGGUUCUACAACCUACAGCAAGUAAUUCCACAAGGCUGCCAGCCAUGUUUCUGCUUUGGUCAUUCACUGGCCUGCUCCUCCUCCAGUGACCACACAGCUGUCAACAUCACUUCUGACUUCUUUGAAGAUCAAGAUGGAUGGUUGGGGGAGUUCUCUGCAGGGCAGGAGUACCCCCUACUGUGGAAGGAAGGGGAUGUCUACCUGCUGCCUCUCACUGAGGAAGAUAUUGGCUUCUACAAAGCCCCUGAGAAAUUCCUGGGUAAUCAAAUCUUCAGUUACGGCCAGCUCCUCUCCUUCACCUUCACUUCUGAGAUCUCCGAGCUGCUUCCCAACCUCGUCACCCUGCAGCUCCAAGGUUCUGGCAUGACCCUAUCUGCUGACCUUUCACCCCAAGCUUCGUUUCGCCAUGACCCGAGCCUUCCACCGAGGAACUCCUUCAUUAUCAGGCUUCAUGAAAGCGAGAUGAGCUUCAGUCCUUCCUUGUCUGCCUUUGAGUUCCAACAUCUCCUGUAUAAUCUGACAACCAUCGCAAUCAGCAAUGCAGGAGGAGUUAACUACACAUCGCAACUGGCAGGAGUGACCUUGGCCUCAGCUUUCAUUGCCACUGGUGCAGUAAGCUCUCCUGCCCCUUGGGUAGAAUCUUGUUCCUGCCCCGUGGGUUUCGUAGGCCAAUUCUGUGAGUGCUGUGCCCCGGGUUUCACCAGGGACAUACCUGGCGGUGGGCCUUUCUCCACUUGUGUGCCUUGUAACUGCCACCAUCAUGGAAGCUGCCAUGCAGUAACAGGUGUAUGUGAGUGUUCACAUUUUACCACUGGGAUGACCUGUGACCACUGCCUUGCUGGUUACUAUGGUAACGCUUUGAUUGGCACGCCUGGCGAUUGUCAGCCUUGCCCUUGCCCGGACCGCAGCAGCUGUGCCCAAAUUGCAGAGACAGGACAGGUGGUUUGUACCAACUGCCCUCCAGGACAGACAGGAAUGCGUUGUCAGGUCUGUGAAGAUGGUUACUUCGGUGACCCCCUCGGACAAUCGGGUGCAAUCCGGCCAUGCGUGAGAUGCGACUGCAAUGGUAACGUGGACUAUAAUGCAGUGGGAAUAUGUGAUCGCACCAGUGGACGAUGUCUGAAAUGCCUGGGGCAUACAGAAGGUGACCGCUGUCAGCGGUGCCAGCAGGGUUUCUAUGGUAACGCCCUGGACCAAACAACUGUAAAUAAGUGCAAGCCUUGCAGCUGCAAUGUUGCCGGAACCUCUGGGCAUGUGGAUGAAUGCCACCCUCAGACAGGAAGCUGUAUGUGCCUUGUGCAUGUGGCUGGGCGGGACUGCAGUCACUGCGAGUUUGGCUGUCUUUCAAUCUCCAACCGGGGUGUUGGAUGCGAGAGGUGCCAGUGUAAUCCUGUCGGCGCUUCAUCCACGGCUUGUCACCCAGUCACCGGGCAGUGCGUGUGUCGUGCAGGAGUAGAGGGAAGAUUGUGUGAUUCCUGUCGUCUGGGCUUCUUUGGAUUCUCCUCACGAGGUUGCAGAGCCUGUAACUGUGACCCGAUGGGCUCCAUUUCCAUGCAGUGUCACAAUAACGGUACCUGCCACUGUCGCCAGGGCUUUGUGGGCUACAAGUGUGACAAAUGUGAGCUGAACUAUUUCCACAACAGAGUCACACACCAGUGUGAGGAAUGCCCGCUUUGCUACAGCCUUGUCAAGAAACAGGCGGAAAAGCUGAGCACUCGCCUGCAGGAUUUGGAGAAGAUCCUGUCUCGCUUUGACUGCCGAGGCAGAUUUGGGCAGCAGCGCCACCUGCUGAAAAGUCACCCGCUUUACGGACGUCAGCAACAGGGCGAGGACACUCUGCCAAACGCUCUGGAGGAUUUCUUGGCUUUCCAAGAAGCGCGGGAGGCCCUCAUAAAACAAUUUUCUUUGCUGGAAGCUUCCGCACACACACUCUUAUCCCAGCUGCACGGCAUUACGUCUGCUUUGAACUGCAGCAUCAGCAUGACCGAAGAUGAGAGGAAGAAUGAUGGGAGUGGAGCCGCGUGUCAAACCUUAACAGAGUAUUUAUUCGAGAUUAGAACCUCGCAGAAACAGCUCAAACAGGCAACGCAGGACCUGGACAACAUGGUCAUUCCAUUUGAGGCGGUGCCAGGGCCGAACAAAUGGAAUAUUCUGGUGAAUGAGUCACAGGUGCUCGUGAAAAGCCACAGAGAAACGGCAGACCACAUUGAGGCCGUAGCUAGCAGGGCAAUGAACAUCUCAAAGCAGACCUUCACCUUCCUGAUGGAUCUACUGCAAGACAACUCCACAGAGGAGUACAUCAAGAACCUAACUGAGCGAUUGUCACAAAUACAGCGGCACAAGCUGAACCUGACAGCCCAGGUGGACAACACGGCAGCUGAACAGCUGGCACUGGAGGAGAAAGCUGCCGGUGUCAGCGCCGCCCUGCGGAACAUCACAUCAUCUUUACACCGGCUGGCUCCGACCGCUGCCAGCCCAUCAUCAGAGUCUGAGCAAACACAUCAAACCAAGCAUACAACAGAGUGGAUUGCAGACUUGACGAACCGCACAGCAGAGCUGGACGUGUACAUUCAGAGUAAAUCUGACGUUGUCAGCAAGAUCAGAGAGAAGGUGGAGCCUGUGAUCAAGACCGCCCACAAGAACCUGGACAUGGUGGAUGACAUCAGUCAGCUAAGCCCUGAUGCUCAAGCAGCAAAGGUCAUGGCGUUGUCAUCUGUAGUGACAGUGAAAGAAGUGGAGUCAGAAACUAUCAGCUUGCAUAGACGGCUUGACCACAUGUUGAGAGAGUGGCCCCGUCUACAGGCGCAAACCAAAGCUGCAGUGAGGAAGAGGAGGCCCCUGGAGGAAAAGGUUCUGGCUGAUGUAAGGAAGAAGGUGAAACAGAUUGAAAAUCUGCUAAAGCCAGCUGUGGAAAACUCCAGUCUCUUUGCCAACUCCAGCAAAGUGGCAAAACACACGGCACACGCUGUUGCAAAGGAAUCCAAAGCGGUUCUGACCCAGGCCAAGCAUACUAGAACUGCAUCUGCUCACCUCAGUUCCCACAUAGACUCCACUUUGCAGAAACUGGCCAAGCAGGAGAAGCGAUUUGACACUGUGAACUCCCAGAUCACUUCAGAGCCUGUGGUGUCCCUCACGGAUGUAAAAGAAGACAUAGAAGCAGCCAAGCACCAAUUAGAGGCGUAUUCUGUUACACUUACUGAGCUAAUCAGCAAGAUUGAUGGGAAUGUGCCACUGGAACGUUUUGACCGUAUCUUGAACGAGACAGCUCGUCACCUGAGCAUGCUCCGCGGGAGUGUGGAGAGCACGACGCUGAGUGGGAAGAUCCAGACUUUGCGUUUGGCUGCUAAGGACCAACAGAGCCAACUGUCCAUUAUUGAACAGGACAUACAGGAGAUCAGGGAGGAGAGAGACAGCCUAAAGGACAUUGCCUUAAACCUGCCUCAGUCCUGCCCCCAAGCCACUAGAGCAGGAAAACGCUAGAUAGCUGGAAUUAAGUUGACUGAAGUUCAAGAAAGUUUUUAUUAGGAGAGAUGCCAUUUAUUGUUUCUGUCCCUAAACCAAGGUAAUGUCCUCAAUUUUUUUUUCACUCUUAGCCCAAACAGUGAUUUAUUUUCCCAUCACAGCAGACUAACUUUUCACCAUAUGCCACACACUACUCCUCAGCUAAAGGGUCUUUAUUCUCUUUGAUUUUUUUUUUUUUAAAUCUCAUCUUUCCCUUUUCUUUGCCAACAAUAUCCAGGCUUUAAUUUCACUAUGGUAAUAACCAGCUGUUCUGAACUGCUGAAGUGCACCAUCAAGUUAAAAAUAAUGCUGAUUUUCCAUUGUGAGAGCAAAAGGUGAAUUUGAGUUCUCCUCCAGACUGACACAUUCAUUUACACUUCAGUUCAUUUUCAUCAGCCUACCCAAAUUAACAAUUAGUCGUCUUGGCCUCAGCGGAGUUAAGGUCAGGCUUCAAUAGCACACAACUUGCGUCAGAAUUCUUCCACUGCCUAUUUCUGUUUUUAUUUUUAUUCCUCUCUUGGCUGUCUGUAAGUCCCAAAUUAAACAAGAGACAUCAAACAUAAGCCGUGAUUCAGCUCAGCGUCUGGUGCCAGGAGAUGGAAA